UUGGCGAUCACACUAUAUAUAAACUCGAUAGAAGAAGGCUGAUAUCACAGCCAUCCAGUAUUUCUUUCUUAAUUCAUAGAUCUUGUUUUUACCUCGCUAAGAUAACCAAUUCCCAACGCCAAAAAUGGCUGAGGCACUCAUCUCCGUGCUUCUGGAGCAACUAGCUUCAGUAGUGUUUGAACACACAAAACAAGCGGUGACACUCGUUUUGAAUGCUGAGGAAGAUGUUCAUAGUUUCAGCAGCAAUCUCAAGGCCAUCCAAGCUGUGCUGGAGGAUGCAGAGAAGAAACAAGUGAUGGAGGCCAGGGUAAGAGACUGGUUGCAGAAGCUCAAAGAUGUAUCGUACGAGAUGGACGACGUCCUAGACGAGUGGAACACUGAAAUUCUGAAACAACAAGUGGAGCACGGCAAGAAGAAGGUAUGUUUCCCCAUUCCCUCGGAUUGCUUUUGUUUUGGCCAAGUCAAUAAGGCAAUUCAUCAUCAUAACAUUGCUAGACGGAUAAAGGAACUGAAUGAGAAACUAACUGUGAUUGCUGCUGGAAAAGAGAAGUAUGACUUUCAUCUAUCCACAAUACGUGGCACUGAUGAGCAGCUUACUCAACGGCAUAAAACUUCAUCUUUGGUCGAUAUAUCUACCAUAUUUGGCCGAGAAGAAGAAAAAGAGAUGCUGUUGAGCAGGUUGUUGAGAAAGAGUCGCCCAGAAGGUGAGCGGUUCCUUUUCAUCCCAGUAGUAUUAGUAGGGAUGGGAGGGAUGGGGAAAACAACUCUUGCCCAACUAGCCUAUAAUGAUGAAAAUGUUACUGCCCAUUUUGAUAAGAAAGUAUGGGUUUGUGUCUCGGACCCUUUUGACGAGAUUAAAAUUGCUAGAGCAAUCAUUGAGAGUCUAGAUAAAAAUGAAACCCAAAGAAAUUCAGAUGAGUUGGAAACCCUACUCUUGUGUAUAAAGACUCAUGUUGAGAGUAAGAAGUUACUCCUCGUCCUAGAUGAUACUAGAAUAGGUGCCCAAAGAAAUUCAGAUGAGUUGGAAACCCUACUCUUGUGUAUAAAGACUCAUGUUGAGAGUAAGAAGUUACUCCUCGUCCUAGAUGAUACUAGAAUAGGUGCCCGCGCGUUGCUGCGGUUUUCAAACACCGAAGACAAAACCAAGUGGGAAAAUUUGAAACUAUCAGUAAUAAUGCAAAGUUGUAAAGAAGGGAGUACAAUACUGGUUACCACGCGAAAACAAGAGGUUGCUAAAAUGAUGAGAGCGACUAGUAACAUGAUCCAUUUAGAUAAGUUGAAUGAUACGGACUGUCUAGCAUUGUUCAAUAGCAUCGCAUUUUUCAAUAGGAAACAAGAUGAGGCCAAUGGGUUUGGAGUUAUUGGUGAGGAAAUUGUGAAAAAGUGUAAAGGUUUGCCUCUUGUCGCAAAGACUUUGGGCAGUCUAGUGUGGGAUAAGAAAACAAGAGAUGAAUGGAGGGAUGUACUAAAUAGUCAAAUAUGGGAAUUAGAAGAAGUUGAGCAACAAGUUUUCCAACCAUUGUUACUAAGUUAUUUCGAUUUGGCUCCUGUAGUCAAAAGGUGUCUUUUGUAUUGUGCAAUAUUUCCCAAAGAUUAUGAUUUCAAAAAAGAUAAUUUGAUUGAUCUUUGGAUGUCACAAAAUUAUCUUAAUUCAAAGGGAAAAAAAGAAAAGAGAAUAAUAGGUCAAAAUUAUUUUGAGAGUCUAUCAAUGCGGUCUUUCUUUCAAGAUUUUGACAAAGAUGAGUUGGGAAAUAUUACAGGAUGCAAAAUGCAUGAUAUAGUGCAUGACUUUGUGCAGUUUCUUACCCAAAAAGAAUGCACUAUUAUAGAAGCAGUCAAGGGUGCUAAUCAAAGAGUGGAGCUACCGGGUGAUUAUAAGGUUCGUCAUUUGACCUUAAUAAAUGAGCAUGAAGGUCAACUUCCUACUUCAUUUGACAACUGCAAAAAUAUGCGAACCCUCACACUCCUUGAUUCAAGCAUUACAACCAUAAGCCCCAGUUCAAUUAUGCAAAUGAAAUGCCUCAGGACAUUGAAUUUGAGUCGUAACAAGCUGAAUGAAGUUCCAAAAGAGAUUGGUGAAUUGAUUCAUUUGAGAUAUAUGGAUUUGUCUUGGAGUCGUAAUUUGAAAGAAUUACCGGAUGCUGUGUGUGAUUUAUACAAUCUACAAACUCUGGACGUUUCGUGGUGUCUUAAACUAGAGAAACUACCCAAGGCAAUGGGAAAGUUGAUUAACUUGAAGCAUCUAUAUGUUGGGGGUUGUGGUGCACUGAGGUACUUACCGAAAGGGAUUGGGAGUUUGAAAAGUCUGCAAGUACUAGACCAGUUUAAAGUAUGUGAGGGUGAUGAUGAUGAAGCAUUGAAAUUAGGAGAUCUCAGAAUCAUGGACCAGCUUCAGGGGAUCCUUCGGAUACAAUAUUUGGGGAAAGAUGAUGCGAGUGAGAUUGAGAAAGCACAGUUGGGGAAUAAGGAGCACCUCCCUCAUUUGCGAGUAAUUUUCCUGAUCCCGCGUGUAGAUGAAGAUGAAGAUGAAGAGCAGAGAAAAGGUGAUUCAGAAAUAGUGAAAGCAUUGCAACCACAUCAAAAUUUGGAAUCUUUAUCCAUUUUGGCGUGCCAUGGCACCACCGAGUCUCUCUAUUGGAUCAAUUCUUUACGCAAUUUGAGAAAACUUGUUCUCUAUGCCUGGAAAUUUUGUGAAGUUUUGCCUCCUCUUGGAAUAUUGCCAUCGCUUGAAAUUCUGGAGAUAUUGAGGAUGACGAAACUGAAAACGGUGGGAGUUGAAUUUCUGUGAAUAGAAGAAGAAGAAGAAGAACAAGUCUCAGGAAUUCUAUUCCCCAAAUUGAAACGCCUUUCGUUCGAAAGGAUGAAGAACUGGGAAGAGUGGGCCUUUGUUUCUGAAAUCACAAUAAUGCCAUGCCUUUCUGAGUUGCGAAUUGAGUACUGCCCAAAGCUAAAAGCACUGCCAGACUUCCUCUACAAGAUACCAGCACUGCGUACUUUGGAGAUCAGGGAUUGUGACAUUCUGGAAGGAGAAUACGAAAAAGGCGUGGGGAAGGAGUGGCACAACAUUUCUCACAUCCCAAACCUCACAAUCCAAUCUGGAUUGGAGAAUUGAACAGGGUGUUCUUUAGGUUCUUCAUGAAGAACUUGCAAAUGCAAAUGGAAUGUGUGCAAGGUGUGCAAGUUAAUCAGGAUAGGCAUGCUAACUAGAUACACUUGAGGACCGCAUUGAAGCUUCUAGGACUAACAAUGUCAUUGGAGUUGUCAAGCUGUUGAAGCUCUCUAGAUAGCAAAGGUCGUGACUGAAUUAACUUGCGAAGUUGGAGUUCAUCCAAUCUGACGUGCUUAUGCAGCAUGUUGGGAUAUGGACUAUUCUUCAGUCGCUUAAAUGUUUCAUAGGAUGGAAUAUGUAUCAGGCGGAAGUUCACGACAAAGGAAAUUCCGUAUGCAUUUGACUGAUUGAAGUGACCCUUAACUCAAUAUUUUAUCAGUAUCUUAAGCAAUCCAAUGAGGAAGCUUUUUGUGAAAUGGACCUUAAUGCCGAUUGGGAUUUGGUAAAUGGGAGUUGAAAGAUUUUGUAAUAAUAAACACGGAGCCUGAUAAAUGGUGUAAACUCAGACUUGAAAGAUUUAUUGGAUGAUUCGCUGCCCAAAUACAAAUCUCCAUGGAACUGAACAGGUAUCCAUAUUGUUGGAUUUCAACUACUUUGCAAGUUUAAAGUUUGGUGUUUGAAGCUUGGUAAGUGUAUUUUACUAAGGGAAGGAAUUUGAAGUUGCUGAAUCAGUUCAAGGUAAUGGUGGUUCAGAAGUUGGAGCUGCAUGAUUCUGUUGGAGUGGAGGGACUAUAACACUGUCGUACACCAUACGGGAAAUUUGGUAUCCAUUUGAAUGAUUGAAGUGCCCCUCACCUAAACUAGGCUGAAGCUUUUGUGGAAUGGACACUGACUGGGAUUUGACUAGUAAUUGGGGUUUGGAAGCUUUUUCUGCAAUCUGUCAUUUAACAAUAGGCAGCUGGGAGCUCAGUAAUUGGUGUUUCUGCAAAUGAACCGUUCAAAUGCUGCCACCUCAAUCAUUGAAGGCUACUUGAUGGUAAAAUAUAUGGUCCAGAUAUAAAGGAAUCUGUUGUGUUAAACUACACCCGAACAUAGACUGGCACUUUGAUCGAACUACAAUGCCUAGAAUUGCAAACUGUUCAACCUCACCAUCGUUGAAGAGUAAAAGGAGAUUGCUUGUGGCUCAGUUACAUGUUGGAGUGGAAUGAUAAGCUUUUCAAGGGAUUACUAAUUUGCAGAAGCUUUUGUGGAAUGCAUGCUGACAGGGAUUUGACUAGUAAUUGGGGUUGGGAAGCAUUUUCAGUAAUCUGUAUCUUAACAAUAAGCAGCAGGCCGGGAGCCUGGUAUUUGGUGUUUGUGCAAAAUGGACCAUUCAAAUCCUGCCACCUCAAUCGUUGAAGGCUACUUGAAGGAUUAUGUAUCACAUGGUCUUUCACCAUAAAGGAAAUUUGGAAUGCAUUUAACUGAUUGAAGUGGCCCUAAGCUACGCUAGGUACAUGGGAUUUGCAAGCUUUUUGUACAAUCUGUAUCCUAACAAUAGACAUGGAGCUUGGAGAAAUGGUGUUUCUUUAGCUGUACUCAGACUGAAAGUGAGUGGACAUCCUCUCUACGAAACUGUUCCAUCUCACCAUCGUCAAAGGUAAUACCAUAAUAGUCUAGAUCGAUUGUGUUAAGCUACACCUGCAUAUAGUCCAGCCCCUUUAUUGAGAACUAUGUCCCUAAUAUUGCAAAUAUACCCAUUGGCAUUGCUGCUUUGAGUUCUAUGUUAACAUUUGUUUGAAGCUGUCACUGAUUGCUUGGGACCUAGGGUGUUAAUGGUUAGUGAUCCUUAUCCUGCCUUUUCUAUUCAGCAGAUCAAAUCUUAAAGCUUUUAUGUGUUAUAUUAAUGUCUUUCUUACUGGUCAUGUACAUCAUUUUACUACUCAUUGAUACAAGAAUUUAUAAACAUUUGGAGUAUCAUACUUGGUUUUCACAUAUAUAAUUUGUGAAUCAUAAGACUACGAUUAUGUAAUCUUUGUUCUGUUUUACUGAAAUGCGCCGCUUACUGAACAACUAAAUGAUCAGUUAUUGCUCCCGGACAUUUUGAUGAACACAUUUUAUGCAGGAGCAUUUCGACUGAUUAAAGAAGCUCUUACCUAAGCUAGGCUGAAAUCUCUUGUGGAACUGAAACUGAUGGGAAUUUGAGAAGCUAUGCUUAACAUGGCUAUAUAUUUCCAAAAUUUGUACAUUGUGAGCUGCAAUGCUAAUGAUGAGAGUUCCAGUAAUUAAAGGUUCAAUCUUUCUUGAUAUGGUCUACUUUUAUAACAUUGGUAUAUCCUUGUCUGCUGCAUGGACUUAAUUCCUUGUAUGUUGUAUGUUUACAGAUAAUUGUGUGUUAGUUUAUGAUUUACUUUUAUCAAAACUAGGUGUUCAGCUAGAAAGUGCUUGGCUUGUGGUAUUGGGGAAGAUGAAUACUUGUGAUGUCCUUCAAAAGAAAAGACCGGGAAGUUGUUCUUCUCCUCACUGGUGCAUCUAAUGCAAGAACCAUGGAGAAAGUGCUGAUCACGUCUUUGUGCAUUGUGAAGUGACUAUUUCCUUAUGGAAAAAGCUUUUUAGGGAGGCAAGAGUGGACUGGACAACUCCUUUACAGCGAAGCGAAUUGCUAAGAGAAAAACCUUUAGCUUUUGGUAAAGGGAAAAAGGCAAAAACCCUUUGGGGAUGUGGGGUGCUAGCUGUUUGUUGGGUGGUCUGGUUGGAAAGAAAUAGAAGAAUUUUUGAAAACUAUGGAGGUUCGGAGAGGGAUGACAUGUGGGAGAGAGUCAAAUUCUGGGCAUCUUUAUGGGCUUCUAUUUCUAAGGAUUUCAAGGAUUAUUAGUCUUUCUUCUAUUAUUCUUAAUUGGCAAGCAGCCGUAGUAUAAGUCCCUAAGCUGUGUUUGUUCUGUUAGUCGUCUUGCUAAGCUUUUUGCCCUAGCUGUCCUUUGUUCUUUUUAGUGGACUCCUUGUCCGCCUCCUUGUUUUUGUCUUUCUCUUUUUCAAUAAAGAGUUGUUUCUUUUCAAAAAAAAAAAAAAAAAAAAAAAAA